GCUCCCAGGCAUUCCCGGAGCGGGCACCAGGGACCGCCGGCCGCAGCAUGACGGGCAAAGCGGGCGCGGCGCUGGCCCCCAGCCUGCCCGGUAAGCCCAAGCCCGACGGCGCGGCCGCCGCCCCCGCCGCCCCGCCGCCGCCGGCUCCGCCGCCCCCCGCGGCGGGGGCCAAGCCCAGCUCCGGGCCCACCCCUCCCCGCUGCACCGGCUUCGGCAUCCAGGAGAUCCUGGGCUUGAACAAGGAGCCGCCGUCGCACCCUCGGGCUGCCCUGGACUCGCUGCCCGCCGGGCACCUGCUGGCGGCCCGCUCCGUUCUCAGCCCCGCCGGGGUGGGCGGCGUGGGCAUGGGGCUGCUGGGCGCCGGCGGCAUCCCCGGCUUCUACACCCAGCCCACCUUCCUGGAGGUGCUCUCCGACCCCCAGAGCGUCCACCUGCAGCCCCUGGCCCGGGCCUCUGGGCAGCUGGACAGCAGCCAGACGGCCAGCUCAGAUUCCGAGGAUGUCUCCUCUAGCGACCGGAAAAUGUCCAAAUCCUCCCUAAGCCAGAGCAAGAAACGAAAGAAGCGGCGGCACAGGACAAUCUUCACAUCCUACCAACUGGAAGAGCUGGAAAAGGCCUUCAAUGAGGCCCACUAUCCUGAUGUAUAUGCUAGAGAGAUGUUGGCCAUGAAAACAGAGUUGCCAGAAGACAGGAUACAGGUUUGGUUCCAGAACCGCCGGGCCAAAUGGCGGAAGAGGGAGAAGUGCUGGGGCAGGAGCAGUGUGAUGGCUGAGUACGGGCUCUACGGUGCCAUGGUGCGUCACUCCAUCCCACUGCCUGAAUCCAUCCUCAAGUCUGCCAAGGACGGCAUCAUGGAGUCCUGCGCCCCUUGGCUCCUCGUUCAAGAUGGCUUUCCCAUGCCCAGGCGCUUUUCUAAACCCGAAUACCAACAAUUCUUUUUAGGGAUGCACAAAAAGUCUCUGGAGGCAGCGGCUGAGGCGGGGAGGAAGACGGAAGUGGAGCGCCAGGCCCUGCCCAAGCUUGACAAGGGAGACAAGGAAGAGAGGGGCCCGGAUUCCAAAACAACCAUUUCCCAGGAGGAACUGAGAGAAAACAGCAUUGCUGCCCUCAGGGCCAAAGCUCAGGAGCACAGCACCAAAGUCCUGGGGACCAUAGCUGGGGAAACCCUGGCCCCGGGCAGGAAGACGGAGACAGGGGAGGGGGCGGCUGUGGCAGAGGAUGAGAGACAGAUGGAGAAGCUGAACUCAUCGCAGAAGGAGGAGAAGCUGAUCUAGGGGAGGGAGAGGCAGCAGAAGCCAGCCUCAACAGACGUUGUGUCCUCUGGGGGCUGCAUUCCCCCUUGGACUGCCAGGACCCCCGGCUGCCCCUGCCCAGGGUGCGGGGCCACCAGUCUCUGCGUUUGGGGCUGCCUGGCAGGGGCGACCCCACAACACAUGCCCCUGCCCCUCGCUCCUCCACCCUGCCGGGCUUUCCUCACCCCCCCACCCCUUCCUUUUGGGGGACUGGGAAGUGACCCAUCAUAGUUGCCACCUGAGAGGACACUGAGGCUCUGGGUCCCUCCAGCCUCACCACCAGCUCUGGGGCUCUCUCCUCCUGCUCCAACCCAGGAUCCCAUCUGCCAUCUUGGAGUGAGCCUGUCCCCUGCUGCCAUGCCCCUCCUUGGUGCACAUCUCUCCCCAGUGCUGCCUGGGUGUCCCAUCCCGCCAUGCCCCAGGCAGACCUGACACCUUCUCCCAGCCAUCACCUCUGCCUCUGGCCCAGGCCACAGCAGGACAAGCCCAUGGCAGUGUUUGCAUGAAAUGGUGACUCUCCAUCCAGGGUGGUUUGCACCUUCCACCUGUCUCUCCCCACCCAGUGCUGGUGUCUGCUGGGAAGGGGCUGUAGCUUUAGAGUGGUUGAGUUUUGCCUCCAUUUGGCAGGAAAGCAGCUUUAACCUGUCCGUGUGGCAGCCUGGUCCCACUUGGCACCUCGAGGUGACCCCAGCCCAUGCAGCUGGCCACUGUUGCUGGGUCUGACUCUGCCCCAAACGCCAAAGCCCUGCACCCUGUGGAGUGACCGAAUGGUGAAUUUAUUUACUGAAUACAUUAGUCCAGGUGAGACAACAUCUGCCCAAUGUAUUUAUUGAAUUAAAUUUGUCCAGCUCGCCCUCUGAGUGUUAAAGGGAAUGACAGCCAUGUACAUCCACCCUGAUACACCCCAUGAUGUGUACAUAUGUCUCCCAGACAGCCCCACAUGAGCACACGCAGACCCAUGAAGCCAAACCCACUCCUGCGGUACCAUCACCUUCCCAUCCCAGUAAGGCACUCUUUUCCCCUGAAAGCCAUAGGACAGUGACUUCCAGGUGACCCUUUCUGUCCUGCUUUCAGUUGUGAGCACCCUUUCCCCAAAGCUACUGUUUUUCUUCCAUCAAAGGUUAAGCCCCUCCAUUCAGCCCUUGUUUGUCUUUGUCCCCCAGUCGUUUGACGUGUUAGAUGAUAGCCCAUGGUGUGUAAAUAAUGUAUAUACAGUGAGAAAAGAAUUCAGUAUUGAGGUGUUUGAGAUAUGGAGCUGUAACAACUUCUAGUCAUCCAGCAUCUGUGAUUUAUGUGCCAUUUUCUGUAAAGAUAUGAACAAGAAUAAAACUAAAUGGGAAUACUGUGUAA